AUGGUCCUGCCCCGGGCUGCCGGCGGACUACGUUUCCCAGAGGCUCCUCCCGGGGCUGCACAUGCUCGGUGCGGCUCCCGGCGCCUCCCGGCAGCGCCCGGCGCACCGCCCGGUGCAGCGCAGGGGCGCUCGGUGCAGCUCCCGGUGCGACCGCCGGUGCGGCCCCCGGCGAUCCGCCGGUGCGGUUCCCGGUGCGACCGCCGGUGCGGCCCCCGGUGCGGCUCCCGGCGCUGCAGACUCCCGGUGCGCCCUCGGGAGCGGGCGGCCGAGUCUCGGGGCUGGGUCCUGCCCAUCCCAGCCUCACCACCGGCCCCGGGCCCGGCUUCCCCCGGCACCCACCCUCACGCCGGCACCAUGCCCCGCGGGCGAGCCUGGACGCAGGCGGAGGUCAGCAGCCUCCUGGCGCUGGUGGGGGGCUCGGGGGAGGCCGCCCUGCUCAUGGCCUCCACGUCGCGACCCAAUGAGGCGCUGUGGCGGGAGAUCUCCCGGGGGCUGGCGGCAGCCGGCUACGGGCGCAGCGUGGCCCAGUGCCGCUCCAAGUGGAAGGCGCUUAAGCAGGCUUUCCACUCGGAGAGGGAAACACGCCGGAGGGCUGGCUGCCACUCGCCCCGCUUGCCCCCGCACUACCGAGCCAUGAAGAGCAUCUGGAAGGCGGCUGGGCGGCCCGUCUUUGGCGAGCGAAGGAUGCCAGACAUGGUGAAGCUGCCCCCCAGGAAGCGCAGGUCAGCCCUUCCCACCCACUCCCCAUCCUCACCAGAGCCGCCAGAGGACGAUGUUGGCAGGGACGCCCCGGGCGUGCUGCUGUCCCCAUUACUGCAGUGUACGAAGGACAAGCCAGAGAGCCCAGCCAGUGGGGACCGCAUCGUUGGAGUGCCACCCGCUCCCCGCUCUGUGCCACACGCUGGAUGCUGCUUCCCUCCCCUUCCCCUCCUGGGCUGUGACACCACCCUGAAGCAGGAAAGAGCUGAGCAAAAGGCUGGUUUUCCUGGUGAGACGUCCCUGGGGAUGGGAAGAGGAAACCAAGCGCUGCGAGUGGCCACCACAGCCCUGGGCUCCCCUGGGACAGCUGCCAUGAGUGAGCAGCCAGCAGCGGGUGAAGAGGCAUCAGAUGCAAGCCUGCAUGGGUCCAGCGUGGCAGGCUUGCUCCAGAGCGUCCAGCAGCUGCUGGUGCAGAUCCUGCAGACAUCGCGGCAGCAGCAGGCGCUGCUGGAGAGCCUGGCCAGCGACACAGUCUCCCACCUCCACCUCCUCUCCCACAGCCUGGUGCAGGUGGGUGAGACCCUGCACCAGCUCUUGCUCCGGCCGCAGACCCACCUUGGCCCCCUCAGCCACUAUGUCCCCCACAUGCCCCUUUACGAGGACAGCCCUGGGAUGCCCUGUUCCUCCGGCUCUCCCCACACCUCCCCAGAUCACAAAGAGGAGCCUCGGGUGUCCCCUGCUGCCGGCUGCACACCCCCAUGAGUGCCACUGUUCCUGGCCCCAGAGGCAACUGCUUUGCUACACAAAUGUGGCACAAAUCUUUAUAGCAGAGGCCCCAGAUAUUUUGGAAGUUUAUAGAAGAGACACAUUUUAAUAAAAUUAAAAAUAGCUUUUGUACCAGCGACAACAA